AAGAAAAGAAAGGAGUAUUAUGUCUGAGGCAGUAGUCCAUUCUUACCGGCGGCCGGCCGUGAAUAGAAUUCUACCGGCGGCCGGCAUGACGCAGAUACGGAGACUAAGUUUCUCUGUCAGCUUCUCGAAAUCUCCAGAGAAUCAUCCAAUUCUACUGGAAACUGCAAAUCACGUCCCUCUCUCUCCUAUAAGCUUUCUGGAACGGGCAUCCAGGGUUUUCGGUGACAGGACAUCCGUCGUCUACGGUCCUCUCCACUUCACAUGGCGCCAGACUCGGGAUCGCUGCGUCAGGCUCGCUUCCGCCCUUGCAGAUCUUGGAAUUUCAACAGGAGAUGUAGUGGCCACUCUAGCCCCCAAUAUUCCAGCAAUGCAUGAACUACAUUUUGCAGUGCCAAUGGCUGGAGCCGUCUUAUGCACAUUAAACACUCGCCAUAACUCCUCCAUGAUCUCCGUUCUACUCAAACAUUCAGAAAGUAAGAUCCUCUUCGUGGACUAUGAAUUACUCGACCUGGCCAUUGCUGCAUCAGACCAUCUCACAGACGAAGGAAUCGAGCCGCCCAUCCUAGUUGUGAUUACCGAUGGAAUCGUCCCCUGUUCUUCAAAAUUCCACGACUACGAGAGAUUCAUAGCAAACGGAAGAACCGAAUUCGACAUAAAACGUCCAAAAUCCGAAUUCGAUCCGAUCAGCGUAAACUACAUAUCCGGCACGUCUUCCCGUCCCAAAGGAGUCGUCUACAGUCAUAGAGGCGCAUAUCUCAACACCCUUUCCAACUUAUUCCUUCACGAAAUGGCCAAACCACCUGUUUAUCUAUGGACCGUCCCCAUGUUUCAUGCCAACGGAUGGUGCCUGGUUUGGGGCGUGGCGGCUCUUGGCGGUACCAACGUUUGCCUGAGAAAGGUCUCGGCUAAGAAUAUAUUCGAGAACGUAUCUCGCCAUAAAGUCACCCAUUUGGCCGGCGCCCCGACCGUUCUCAACAUGAUCGUCAAUUCUUCGCCAACAGAGAGAGACCCACUUCCUCACGUGGUCGAAGUCAUGACCGGAGCCUCUCCUCCCCCGCCGCAAAUCUUUCUCAAGAUGGAGGAGAUGGGUUUUCGUGUCUCUCAUAUGUACGGAUUAACAGAAACCUACGGCCCUGGAACCUCGUCAGUAUGGAAACCCGAAUGGGAUCGUUUAUCGUCGGACGAUCGUCUGAAGAUGAGGGCUCGACAGGGAAUCCCCCAUCUGGGUCUUGAGGAAGUCGACGUGAAGGACCCGGAAACUCUAGAGAGUGUCCCGAACGACGGGAAGACUGUCGGGGAGAUCAUGUUUAGAGGGAAUACGGUUAUGAGUGGAUACCUGAAAGAUCCCGAGGCUACAGAGGCGGCAUUCAGAGGUGGGUGGUUCAGAACAGGCGAUCUGGGAGUGAUGCAUCCAGACAGGUAUUUAGAAGUUAAGGAUCGGUCCAAGGAUAUUAUAAUUUCGGGUGGAGAGAACGUUAGCAGUGUGGAGGUGGAGAGAGUGCUGUAUUGUCAUCCGGCGGUUGUGGAGGCCGCGGUGGUUGGGAGACCGGAUAAUCACUGGGGGCAGACGGUGUGUGCGUUCGUGAAGUUGAAUGAUGGGUUUGAGGUGAAAGAGGAUGAGAUGAUUAGGUUUUGUAGAGAUCGAUUGCCGCAUUAUAUGGCUCCACGAACGGUGCUGUUUCAAGAUUUGCCGACAACUUCGACCGGGAAGGUUCAGAAGUUUUUGCUUAGGGACAAGGCCAAAUCCAUGGGAAGCCUAUUUUAGUUAUUGGGUUAAUCAUCAUCUUUAUAUCAUAAUAGACUUAUAAAAUAAGAAUAAUAAAUUGUUGUUUGAAUUACUUAUUUUGAACGGAAAAACUGUUGUAUUGUCUAA